CUCCACCCGCCUCUGCUCGUCUCCACGCCUCCGGCGGCCGCAAGCCACCGGAGCACCAGGAUCCCGUGCCACGGGCGCAUCUCCGGCAAGCCACCGGCGACCAGGACCAGGCGUGUUCCGCCACACCUCUCGCUCCUUCUUUCCUUCCUCUUCCUCACCUUUUUUUCCCGUCACUCCCGCAGGAGCCGAACCCCGCUGCCAGGCACGCCGCCGCCCCCGUGCUCCGCCUCUGCUCCCUUGGAACGGGACGAGAUCGGCCAGUCCCGUGCCCUUCGCCGCCUCCCUACACCUUCGUCGCCCCGUCAAGUUCUGCGCCAAGCUGCUGCCUCGCCGUCCAGGACACCGCUGGCCUCCUCUUCUUCCGAUGCGCGAGGAGGACGACGCAUCCAGCGGGCGCCUGCUCGUCCGCCCGUUGACCGCGCCUCUGCUUCCCCUGCUCCAGUUCGAGCGCUGCUGCCGCGGCCUCUGCUUCCUUUGCAUCGAGCAAGAGCUCGCCUGCUCAAGCCUCUGCUCGCGCCGUUGUCGGAUCGAGCGACAGAGAGCGCUCGCGUUGACCGCGCCCACUCCACCUCCUGAUUCGAUCGCUCCAAGGCCCAGCAUCCGCAUCCAGAUCUACCGGCCUGCCAGGCCUCUCCACCAGCCGGGACGAAGCCCAUGGUUGAGGCCCCAGCGCCUCCCUUUUUUUCCUUCUGUUGGGCCUGCUCCAGUCAGUUUCGGCCUGUUUAGGUUUUUUUACCAGUCCGACGAAUUUGUCUAAUUAUCCAGUGUAUUACAGUUUUGCAGAAAAACCCUGUUUAUUCAUGCA